AUGGCGGGAGGUUUUUUUCGUAUCAAGAGUGUGUUGGGGAGGCCGGGGAAGGCGGAUUGGAUCGAGAGGCGAUGCCUAUGCCUCUUCUUUAUCGAUAGGAUUCCCAUCAUUUGCAGUCUCCGGCGAAGGAGACAAGAGCGAGGCACCGAACAUGUUCUAUCACCUUCGGUGUCUCCAUCCGUCAUUAGUAAUCUCAAUCCGCUUUUCCUAUUCACUAGCACACUGCGCGCUACAACCUGCAGCCCCUUUACUAGUAAGAUAGGUUUGGAACCCUAUACAAGGGGCUGCUUGCUGCUCGCCCCUAUCUCUAAAGGGGCUUAUGCACUCCACUCGUUACCACUAAAUGACGAAGCCAGGAGCGGAAGGAGGGACUUGAACCCUCAACCUCAGCCUUGGCAAGGCUAUGCUCUACCAUUAAGCUAUUUCCGCCAGCUACGGUAG